GAGUGUUGGUUUCAAUUAGGCUACACCAUCAAGUGACAGAUGUUGUAGGUCUAUUUAAUAAUUUCUUGAUUGAGCGGGUAUGAAAUCACCAAUGACUUGCCAAAAAAUUAUACUCCCAUUUACCCAAAUUUAGAAAGUAAAAAAUAAAAUGUAACUGGCACCUAUAUAUAUAUAUAUAUCUCUCUCUCUCUAUAAAGACACCAUAGACUCGUAGCAAGAUAGAAGAUGAAAUAGUUUUUGUUGGUAAAAGGAGGCAAGUAUGGAGGACAAGUUUAACUACUUGUUUUGGAUUCUAAUCAUUUCAUACACAGUGAUGGUCAUUGUGUUCAAGAUAAUGGUGAAUCUAUGGUGGAGACCUAGAAAAAUUGAACAACACUUCUCUAAGCAAGGAAUUGAAGGACCUCCGUACCGCUUCUUCGCCGGCAACAUGAAGGAGCUUCUGUGUUUGAUGUCAAAGGCUGCUUCUCAACCCAUGCCAGCUCUCUCUCAUAACAUACUCCCUAGGGUUCUCUCCUUCUAUCAUCACUGGAACAAAAUCUACGGUGCAACCUUUCUUGUAUGGUUUGGAACCAGGGCUCGUCUCACAAUCUCUGAUCCUGUCCUCAUUCGAGAGAUUUUCAUCCUGAAAUCAGACUUGUUUGAGAAAAAUGACUCACCCCACCUUGUAAGAAAGGCUGAAGGUGAUGGCUUGUUAAAUCUAAAGGGACCAAAAUGGGCUCAUCAUAGAAAGAUUAUCAGACCAACUUUUCAUUUGGAAAAUCUCAAAAUGAUGAUACCCAUGAUGGGAAAGAGCAUAGCCAAGAUGUUGGAUAAAUGGGCGGAAAUGUCAAAUUGUGGGAAGGUGGAAAUUGAAAUCUCAGAAUGGUUCACAACUUUAACGGAAGAGGUUAUUAUGCAAACAGUGUUUGGUAGCGGUCAUGAAGAUGGAAGACCAAUUUUUAAAUUACAAACACAACAAAUGAUUUUUGCCAUACAAUCGUAUAACAAUGUUCACAUUCCCGGAUUCAGGUUCCUACCCACUAAAAAAAAUAGAAUUUGUUGGAGAUUGGAUAGUGAAAUUGGAAACUAUUUAGUGAAGCUCAUCCAUGAGAGGAUAAAGAAUUACAGUACAAAUCAAGUGUCAGAGGAAUGUCCAACCGACUUAUUGGAUGCGAUGAUCAGAGCCAAAUUGAAAGGAACUAGUAGUGUUGGCACAAUUCCAAAGUCAAAGUCAAAUUCCUCCACCAGGAUCACCGUCCACGACAUCGUGGAGGAAUGCAAGACUUUCUUCUUCGCCGGAAAACAGACGGUGUCGAAUCUGCUGACGUGGACGACCAUCCUCCUGGCUAUGCACCCUCAGUGGCAGGAAUUGGCACGUGAGGAGGUCUUCACUGUGUGUGGGUCACGUGAUGUUCCUGCUAAAGAUGACCUUCCAAAGCUUAAGAUGUUGGGCAUGAUCCUGAACGAAUCACUCCGGUUGUACCCUCCUUCGGUGGCGACAAUCAGGCGUCCCAAAGUUGAUGUGCAGUUGGGAGGCUACAGUAUCCCUCGUGGGACCGAGCUUCUGAUCCCGAUCAUAGCCGUCCAUCAUGAUAAAACACUAUGGGGCCAUGAUGCCACUGAAUUCAACCCCGCCCGAUUCACCCAAGGCGUGACACUAGCCACAAAGCAUCCGAUGGCAUUUAUGCCAUUUGGACUUGGACCUCGCCAAUGUGUUGGACAAAAUCUAGCAAUGUUACAGGCCAAACUAGCCAUGGCCAUGAUCUUGCAACGUUUCUCGUUUGAUCUUGGACAAAGCUACCAGCACGCACCAACGGUCCUGAUGCUUCUCUAUCCUCAGUACGGUGCACCCAUUAUCUUUCGCAAAUUGUAGACGCAUGAACUAUAAAGAGAGUCCAGUCCCUAUAUCAUAUGUGCGUGUGCCUACGAUCUGUCAUGUCUGUGUAUGCAAUGCAUCUGCAACUAUUUUUGAGAACCAAAUUGCUUUGAUUCAUCUUUCAUAAACGUUUUAUCCCCUACAUACAUUUAUAUGAUACAAAAAUUAUAUACAUUUAUAUGAUACAAAAAUUA